GUUAUCGUCGCCACCGUGACUAAGAGUUGCAUGUCUAAAACCGCAUAGAGACCUGAUCUUGUCCUAGGCUGUACUCUUUUUGGUGACUUAGACACGUUUCUCCUAACUGGGAUACCCUUCGGUAUAACAGAACAUGAGUAAAUGACAUUUAAUCAGACCCCCUUGGUUGAUGCUGUUUCCUUGACUUAGCUGUCUGCAUGUCGACGUUUGUUCUAAUUUGAACUGAAUGUGUGAAGCAAUUGCGAAAGUGACCGCCGGUUAGCGAACCAAUAGGACUACCAACAGGCUGCCUCAGCCCCACGAAUGCUUUGAUCAGAAACUAGCGAAGUUACUUGACAAACAUCAACGUUGUAGUAAUUCGUCUUCAAAUGCUGUAGCGAACAUAGCGGAGAAAACUCAGUGGAGAAAACUUCAAGAUGUAUUCUGUUGGUGGCGACCUUUCAACUGAGUAUAAAUUGUCUGCCAUCCUUAAAAACGAACCAAGGCUUAUAGAGCAAUUGGCCUUAUGUUUGGACAGAGAAAUGAGACUCAUACCUAACUGGAAACAUUUGGCAGCGGAUCUUAAUGUCGACGUCAAUGUCAUUAAACGACUUGGGCACUUCAGUGACUACAGUCCCACCAUCCGAUUGUUUGAAUUCCUUGAGGUCACACAACCGGAUUUGACGAUUAAACAACUAAAAGACGCGCUGUUGGAAAUCAAAAGGAACGACUUGUUUAGUUUGCUGACCACAAGAGCUGCGUGCAUUGACUCUGAAAAAGUAAAAGACAUCAUCACAUCGCCAAAUAUUCAAGCUCCUUCACCAACAACCGGUCUUUUGGAUGAAAUUGCAUUAGCCUUAGACGUUACCUCUAUGGUAUUGUCAAGCUGGUCCAACUUAGCAAUAAAACUGGGAGUGCCAAGAAAUACUUGUUGGGAGUUUCAACGACGUUCAACAAAUAAUCCAACCCACAACCUCUUGCAGUAUUUAAUUACCACCUGUCCCGAAAUGAAACUGAGAAGUCUAAAGGAUGCCCUGGAUUCUAUUAAAAGAGAGGAUCUACUAAAAGUUAUUCAAGAACAUAAUCAAGGAGAUGAAGUAUUUCUGAAGGAAGUAGUGGCCCAAAAACCGGAACUUGUAGAAACAAUGGCAGAGAAACUUAACCGCGAAAAAGUGCCAGGCGUCAAAAAUUGGCACCAUCUUGCCUGCAAACUGAACGUCCCUGAUGAUGUGCGUCAAGGACUUGGUAUGACAGGAACAAAGUGGAAAAGUCCCACUAAGGAAGUUAUUCAAUGGGUGGCCGUGAACUUCCCGGAGAAAACAUUAAGUGACGUGGUAGAUGCGUUGGACAGGAUCCAGCGUAAUGAUGCUAUUCAGAUUAUAUCAAAGCAAUUUCCAGACACAGUUGAAUUAAAUUUGGAGCGACUUGGUUGUUCACUCCGGGACAGUCUCAGAAUGCAUGAUCCCACAGGUCGGAAUUUAUCCCCUAGCUACAAAUGGGAAGAGAAGGUUCCUCUUCCAAAGCAAGACGUAAGGGAACAGUCAGGUCACUGUGGAACAUUGCCCGAUCAAAUAGAUCUAGUGGGCCGCAGUGAAAUCUGUCAAAAGAUCAUAACUGCUUUGUCUUCAAACAAGGUGGUUAAAGUUGUAGCGCCACCUGGAUACGGGAAAACUUCUACGGUAAUAGAGGUCGCCCAUCGGUUGAUCAACGGGGGAAAGUUCAUUGCUUAUGUCAACCCAAGAGGUGUCACUUGCGUUGAAGACUUGGCAAGCGAUAUCAUCGAAGCCUUAGGUUUCGUUCCCAGCGAAGAUACCAUCACUGAGGCAACUCGUCGCAUACGCGCCUUGAAGACUAAGUCAGUGGUGCUCCUUAUCGAAAACAUUGACAAUUUACUUCACCUCGAGGCUCAAGUUUGCAAGGAUGAUUACCUCCAAGAGCUAAACUCCAAAAAUUACUGCACCAAAAUGCGCGGGAAAUUUACAAAGGAUGACUUCCUAGCAUUUCUCAAAGACAUCGGAAAAUGCCCAACCAUUCAUCUUGUCCUAACAUCUAGAGAAUUCUAUGACUAUUUUAAUGUGUCUUUCCCUAUUGAGCUGAUCAAUCUAGAGCCCCUGAAGGACAAUGAUUCAGCUUCUUUGUUCACAAAGUGUGACGACAGCCUGGAAGAAAGCUUGAUUAAUGACCUGGUCAGAGUUUGUGGCGGUAUUCCUCUUGUUAUCUGCACUGUUUGCUCAAUUCUCAGAAGAGAAAAUCCAGCGAGGUUCACCCGAAGACUUACCAAUUAUUCACCUCGAUCUCUUCGUAGAGCACUAAGCCCCGACUUUAUGGCGAGUGAGGAUCGCAUUGAUGAGUGUUUACAGAUCUGUUUUAAUCGCUUCAGUAAAGAGAAUCAACAGAUAUUUGUAAUGUUUUCAACAUUUCCGAAUGGAUUUACAGAAGAACAAUUUGACGCGUGCUUCAAGUCCUCGAUUGGAGGUGAUCUGCAAAGGUUUCUAAUUUGCUUGAAACAGAGCAGCCUCCUUAACUUUGACAGAAAUAAAUGUCUUUACUCCCUACAUCCGUUUAUAAGGAACUUUUUUUCAUCAAUGCCUGGACACAAAGGAGCCAAAUCAGUCUUCCUGCGUCACUACAGUGAUUUGAUUGUUUCCCUCUGCAAAACAUUUUUGAGUGUGGGUAAGAAGUCUGCGAUUGAUCGGUACAGAUCUGAAAAGGAUAACAUUCGAGAGGCCAUGGCUUGGUGUGGAGACAAUCAUCCUGAGCUCGACCAAAGCGUGAGGGAGUAUUGUGUUACUGCUUUCAACGAAGCAGCCGUAUUUCUCGCAAAGAUGAUGCGAAAACAGGAGUUCGUUUCCCUCUACUGUAAGCUUUCGUAUCGAUGUCGACAUAACAGGCGUCUAUUGGGCGCUUGCUGGACAAGUAUUGGAGUGAAAAUAGUAGUAAGUUGCACCUGCACACCGUACAUUUGUCCUAAAGCGUUAUAUCAAGCGGAGAGAUAUUUGGCACGUGCAAAACACAUUCAUUCAGAACUUACGGAUGUGAACGAAGCUACGCGUGCCCACUGCUUGAGUAAGCUUGGAUUCUGUUUUGUUCGAGAGGGACGCAUUCGAGAAGGAUUUGAUCACCUCAACGAAGCCAUAAAAAUACGAACAAAGAAAGAAAAAGAGUCAGAUGAGACUAAAGACAAAGUCAUGUUAGCAGCUUGUUACAACGAUAUAGCAGCUUCCCUAAUGGUGCAAAGGAAACACAUGUGUGCUAUCCAAACAAGACUCUGCUAUGUGCUUCCUCUCUAUGAACAAAACCUCGGAGACCACCCUUUCACGGCAACAACACUCGACUGGAUUGGCAACAGUUACCACGCCUUGGGCGACUAUGAUAACGCUGUUAAAUACAUCAGUAAAUCAGUUAAAAUGCGAAAGCAACUGUUGGGGCACCAUCAGGAAACUGCGAGGUCUCUUCAUGAUUUGGGAGUGGCUUUGAACGCGAAAGAAGAUUAUUCAAGUGCCCUUACAUAUCUUAAAGAGGCAAUCGAUUUGCAAGAGGAAGUAUCCGACACUCAUCAGCAACUGAUUCACACUCACCAAGACAUGUCCAUUGCUCUGCGGGGUCUCGGAAGAAACAGCGAAGCCGAGGAAGAAAUGACACGGGCUGCGGAGUGUGCGAAAAAGUUGGAAAAGGAAGAAAAAGAAGAAGAAAAACAUUGGGUGGAUGUCUCUUGCACAGAAUUCAGAGGUACAUGCAAUCUUCAAACUUAUGUUCGUGAUAUUAAACUGACAGUAAGGCGACGUCAUCCGAGAAAUCGACGGUUAAAGUUUACAAUGGCCCAAUUGCGUAAAAGAGAUCUUUCGAAUGGGUCUAAUUUAUCUGCCAUACUACGACGUAAUCCAGAGUUUAUAGAAGAGCUGUGCUUGUGCUUGGACCGUGACAUGAAAUUGAUACGUAAUUGGAGACAUCUGGCAUUAUCACUACACGUCGACUUGGAUGUCAUCAGACGACUUGGACAGUUCAGCGACUUUAGUCCUACCAUCCGAUUGUUUAAAUUCCUUGCGACCUGGAAUCCAGAUCUGACGAUUAAAGAGCUAAAGGACAUCUUUCUAGAGAUCGGGAGAAACGACCUCAUUAGUUUGCUGAUCACAAAAGCUGGUUGCUCUGACACAGGAAAAGUUCUUGAUGUGAUCACUUUCCCAAGUAAUGAAGCUCCUUCACCCACAGUUAGUCUUUUGGACGAAAUUGCGUUGGCUUUAGACGGGACGUCACUGGUUUUGUCAAACUGGUAUACCUUAGCGAUAAAACUGGGUGUGCCAAGACAAACCUGUUGGGAGUUUGAAAGACGAUCAACAGAAAAUCCGACAGGCAGACUGUUCCAAUAUUUGGCUAUCACUUGCCCACAAACGACACUUUUAAGUCUCAGGGAAGCUCUGGACUCUAUGAAGAGAAACGAUCUGAUAAAAUUUCUUCAUGAUGAGAAACUUGGAGAUGAAAUGUUACUUAAAGAUAUCAUAACCCCUGGAUCGGAACUAUUAGAAAGACUGGCGCAAGAACUUAAUCGAGAAAAGAGUCCCGGAGUCAAAAACUGGACAAAUCUGGCCUGGACAAUGAAAAUACCAGCUGACGUGCGUCGAGAAUUUGCCGAUGUCAAGCAAAGCAGGAAAAGUCCAACAAAAGAGGUCCUAGAAUGGGUGGCCGCGCAGUUUCCUGAAAAAGCAUUAAGUGACGUUGCAAAAGCACUAGAUGAGAUCCAGCGAAACGACGCCAUACAGAUAAUAUCUGAGCAUUUUCCAGACACGGUUGAUUCAGCCUUGAAAGGACUUGGUUGCUCAUUCAAGGACAGCUUUAGCAUGCCAGAUCCGACUAGUCAGAUGUUUUCAACCAGCUUCGAGAGAGAAGAGCGGGAUCCUUUUCCUAGCAGAGAAGUGAAGGAGCAAUCUGGUCAUUAUGGAAGCUUGCCAGAUCGGACGGAUUUGGUGGGUCGCAAUGAAACAUGCGAGCGUAUCAUAACUGCCCUGUCUUCAAACAAGUCGGUUGAAAUUGUAGCGCCGCCUGGAUAUGGAAAAACAUCGGUGGUAAUAGAGGUGGCUUAUAAGAUGAUCGAAAGGAAAAAUCUCGUCGCGUACAUUAAACCUCGAGGCUUCACUUGUGUCGAAGAUUUAGCAAGCAAAAUAAUUGAAACCUUGGGGUACGUUCCCGGUGAGAACACAAUAACCGAAGUAUUCAGUCGCAUAUCGUCCUUUAAGAGAAAAAGUGUUGUUUUGAUCAUUGAAAACAUUGACAACUUGCUGCAUCUUGAGGACCAAGUUAGCAAGAAUAACUACCACCAGGAAUUUAAAUCGGAAAACUGCUGUACCAAAAUGUGGGGAAAAUUCACGAAGAACGACUUUUUGACAUUUCUUAAAGACCUCGGACAAAGUCCAAACAUUCAACUUGUCCUUACAUCCAGAGAAACCUAUGAUUUUUAUGUGUCAUUUCCUCUCGAACUUAUUAAACUAGAGUCUCUAAAUGACAAAGAUUCUGCGUCUAUGUUCUCAAAGUGUGAGGAUAGUCUGGACGAACAUCUGAUUAAGGACCUGGUCAGAGUUUGUGGAGGUAUUCCCCUAAUAAUCUGCACGGUAAUUUCGAUUCUGAGAAGAGAAAAUCCCCAGAAGGCAGCACGAAGACUUUCCUCAUCAUCGCCAAGUUCUCUUGUGAAAGAAUUAAACUCUGACAUUUUGCCGAAUGAGGAUCGCAUUGACAAGUGUCUUGAAAUAUGUUUUGCUCGCUUUGGUGAAGUAAAUCAAAAGAUUUUUGUGAUGUUCUCAACAUUUCCCUACAGAUUCACGCAAGAACAAUUCCAAGCAGUCUUUAGAUCAUCUAUCACAGCUGAUUUACAAACUUGUUUGAAUUCCUUGGAGCACAGUAGCCUCCUUCGCUUCGACAGAGGAAGUUGUCAGUAUUCCCUUCAUCCUUUCAUACGAAAUUUCUUCUCACUCAAAUCGGAUCACAAAGAAGCUAAAUUAAUUUUCAUUCGCCACUACAGUAACUUGGCUGUUACUCUUUGCGGAAAAUUUUUGACUAAAGAUUGCAAGUCGGCAAUGGAUCAGUACAGACCUGAAAAGGACAACAUUCGAGAAGCCAUGGCUUGGUGUGGAGACGAUCAUCCUGAACUUGACCAAACCACGAGGGAGCAAUGUAUUGGAGCCUUUAACAAGGCAGCCACAUUUCUUGCAAAGGUGAUGCGAAAACAAGAAUUUCAGUCGCUCUUUUGCAAGCUUGCGCAUCGAUGUCGCUCCCACAUGGAACUCUACAGCGCUUGCUUGACGAAUAUCGGAAUGAAAAUAGUUUUAAGCUGUACAUGCACCCCACACAUUUGUCCUAGAGCCUUGUAUCAGGCCAAAGAAACUCUGACCCAGGCAGAUGACAUUCAGUCAACACUCACGGACAUUAAGGACACCAAUCGCGCCCAGUGUUUGAGCAAGCUUGGAUUCUGUUGUGUUCGCGAGGGGCGCGUUAAUGAGGGCUAUGGACACCUCGACGUCGCUUUGAAAUUGCGAUGGGACAGAGCAGAGAGAUUAAUGAGGAACACAGACCAAGUCAUGUUAGCCGCCUGUUUCAACGAUAUAGCAGCUUCUCAAAUGGUACAGCGAAACUAUAUGGUGUCUAUCCAAACGAGGUUGCUACAUGUCCUUCCUGUUUAUGAAGAAAAACUUGGUGACCACCCAUUUACGGCAACGACACUUAAUUGGAUUGGUAACAGUUACUACGCCUUGGGUGAUUACGACAACGCCAUUAAGUACAACAGCAGAUCAAUUACAAUCCGAAAGCAACUGCUGGGGCAACAUCAGGAAACUGCGCGGUCUCUAUAUGAUCUGGGUGUGGCUUACAUCGCAAAACAAGACUAUGAAACAGCACUUAAACACCUUAAAGAGGCAGGUGAUUUACAAGAGGAAGUAUUGGACACACACGACGAGCUGAUUCACACCUAUCAAGCUAUGUCAAUAACUCUUCGUGCUCUUGGAAGAAAUGAGGAGGCAGACGAAGCAAUGAAUCGGGCGGGAGCGUGUGCAAAGAAGUUGGAUUCUUGGGAGGCUCCUUUAGAUAAACUGAGGACCCAAGAACGAGACAAGGGAUGGAUAGAUAUUCUCCCAGCGAAGCCACGGAAUUAAAAAUUUUAGAAGGCACCCUCUACCUUAAAUCAUUGAUCGGAUACCGGUCUGAUAAUAGAUCAAUCAAUUGAAAACAGGUAAUCAAUGCUUUGAGCAAUUAUCUACUCAGUAUUUGUUUGUUGGUCUGGCUUGUCAGUCCCUCCGGUCAGUUAAUUGCUCGGCAAAACAGGCUGUCAGUCUUUCUCUGUGUCCCUUUGUCGGGCAAUUAGUCAAUUGACACAUCGAUCUUCUUAGAAGUCAGUAUUCGCGAUAGAAAGGAAAACCCACGAAUACUUUUGCACAAAAAGAAAAAAAAGAAAAGAGGAGAAACAAUAGCUUACUUAUGUGAGAAACAUGAAUUUCAAAGAUUGAUUUUAUAAUCUUCAAUUUCUAUACACUGUAUAGGUAAAAAAAUUAUUCUGAAAGGAUUUUUUAAAAGAGAAAAUUUAUUUAAUUAAUUCCUUUUGUAAUUAUCUCAGUUAAUCAUUUGUAAUUAAUGUUUGUGUCUAGUUAACCCUUUCACUGCCAAGAUCUCAUCAGUAAUUCUCCUUACUGUCUGCCAUACAAUGAUGUUAGUU